AUGACAUCACCACCACCAAGAGUAGGCUGGUAUGGCCUCGGGUCUAUGGGCCUAGGAAUGUCACUGAACCUACAAAAACACAUUAAAGCGAAUGCCCUACCUCCACUUCGUUACAGCAACCGCACUUUGUCAAAGGGUGACCUGCUUCGUGAUGAAGGAGCCGUAGCCGAAGGGAAGUUCGAAGAUCUCGUUCAAAAUUCGGAUGUUAUUUUCACAAUGAUUUCCAUGGAUGACGUCCUCAUCGAACUCUUGAACAAGGCGUUGCUUGCAGGCGACGCGUUAAAAGGGAAAAUCUUCGUCGACACUUCUACCAUUCACCCAGACACAUCAGAGUGGGCCGCAUCGCGCCUCAAUGAGCAGGGUGCAGAUUUUAUAAGCGCGCCUGUCUUCGGUGCUAGUGCCGUGGCAGCUGCCGGGAAGCUAAUCUUCGCGGUUUCUGGGCCUGCCAAGGCAGUGCAAACGGUCACACCACUGAUCAAGGAUAUCAUGGGACGCAGUAUCAUCGAUAUGGGAGAAGAUGUGCGGAAGUCAAGUCUUCUCAAGAUAUCCGGAAAUAUACUUGUCAUCAGCUUCAUGGAAGUAAUUGCCGAAGCGCAGGUAUUUGCGGAAGUCACGGGGAUCGGCAACCAGCAACUGGAGGAGUUUAUCGGCAAUAUGUUUGGUCCUGUGCUUGAAAGCUACUCAAAGCGUAUCACUAGUGGUGCGUAUGCACCGCCGCUGGAUACAUCUCCCGGAUUUGCCGCGGCUCUUGCAAGCAAGGAUAUGAAACACGCUCUCUCCAUUGCGGCUAGUAAUGGAACUCGUCUUCCAACACUUGAAGUUGCAUCGAGCCGUCUGGCAUCGGCGAGAGAAUAUGCGGGUGAGUGUUUGGAUAGUUCCGCCAUUUAUGGGACUGGUCGGUUGGAGGCAGGCCUAUCAUUUUGGAGCGAGAAGAGCCGCCAGGGAAAUUGA